AUGCAGCUGGUGGCCGACCUGCUGCUGCUGUCCAGCGAGGCCCGGCCUGUGCUCUUCGAAGGCCCCGCCUCCCCAUGUGCGGGCGCGGAGUCCUUCAAGAUGCAGCUGGUGGCCGAGCCUGCUGCUGCUGUCCAGCGAGGCCGGCCAUGUGCUCUCGAAGGUCCCCCCUCCCCCAUGUGCGGGCGCGGAGUCUUCGAGCAGUGCCGGGACACCAUCAUCGCGCGCACCAAGGGGCUCUCCAUCCUCACCCACGACGUGCAGAGCCAGCUCAACAUGGGUCGCUUCGGAGAGGCGGGGGACAGUCUGGUGGAGCUGGGCGACCUGGUGGUGUCGCUGACCGAGUGCUCGGCGCACGCGGCCUACUUGGCGGCUGUGGCUACGCCGGGCGCUCAGCCUGCUCAGCCAGGCCUGGUGGACCGUUAUCGAGUGACACGCUGCCGCCAUGAGGUGGAGCAGGGCUGCGCCGUGCUCCGAGCCACCCCAUUGGCCGACAUGACCCCGCAGCUGCUGCUGGAGGUGUCGCAGGGCCUGUCGCGCAACCUCAAGUUCCUGACGGACGCGUGCGCCCUGGCCAGUGACAAGUCCCGGGAUCGCUUUUCGCGCGAGCAGUUCAAGCUGGGCGUCAAGUGCAUGAGCACCAGUGCGUCCGCGCUGCUGGCCUGCGUGCGCGAGGUCAAGGUGGCGCCCAGCGAGCUGGCGCGCAGCCGCUGCGCGCUCUUCAGCGGGCCCCUGGUGCAGGCCGUGAGCGCGCUGGUGGGCUUCGCCACCGAGCCGCAGUUCCUGGGUCGCGCGGCGGCGGUCAGCGCCGAGGGCAAGGCGGUGCAGACCGCCAUCCUGGGUGGCGCCAUGAGUGUGGUGUCGGCCUGCGUGCUCCUGACCCAGUGCCUCAGGGAUCUGGCACAGCACCCCGAUGGGGGCGCCAAGAUGUCGGACCACAGGGAGAGGCUGAGGAACUCGGCCUGCGCCGUGUCUGAAGGCUGCACCCUGCUAUCUCAGGCUUUAAGGGAGAGGUCUUCGCCCAGGACUUUACCGCCAGUGAAUUCCAAUUCUGUGAAUUAGCACCCCCACCCCUACACACACGCACCCCAUACUCCUUCUUUCCCCAGCCCCAGGCUAAAGGGAGACACUUAUUCUCUGCCCCUCUCCAUUUAUACCAAAGAAAUCAUAGGUGACACCCCCUCCCCCUCGUGUCAGAUGCUCAAGAGGAAUCUUCAAAAAGCAGGGCCAUGCACACAAUUUAACACAAGCACCCGGAGGGCCCAGGGACCCACCCGCCCAUACCCAGUAGGGACUGGGAGAUGGAAGUUGGUAAUCACUGGUUGUGGCUGUGGCAUUACCCUUCAUUCCAGCCCAUCAAUUAAAUUUUAUUAGUAAUCGGGCAGGAAGGAGGUCAUGGGUUCAUUUCUUUUUUUUUUUUUUUUUAAUUAAAAAGUUACCUCAGUUUUCACUCCUUACACAUGGAUGUAGCUACCUUUUUUUGUAUGUCAUUUUUUUUUUGUUUGUUUGAGCUAGGGAUAUACUUGGUAUGGAAAGAGUAUGACUUCACCACGUGAUUUGCAAGUGGGGGGAAGCUACUGUGAGCGUGUGCUUUAUUUUUUAAUUUACACUAUCGAGUGAUUUUUUUUCCCCCAAUGUCAAGUUUUUACCUUGCAUGUACUGGAGUAUUUAUUUCAUCUAUUAAAUUGUUAUGUUUCUCA